GGUAACACCCUUGAAUAUAUAUAUGAAGAUCAAAUGAAAUAUUUAUCAACCUCAAUGUCAACUCAAUGGAACAAUUUAGAAAAUUUUUAUUCAAACAUUGUUGAAGAAUUUGAUAAAUUAAUUAAAAAUAAUAAACAAAAAAAUAUAACUAAAUGUCUUGAGGAACCAAAAAAUCAAGUAAUGGAAAAUAUAAUUAGAGCUUGGGAUCAAAAUACCAGAUGUCGAAGUGAAAAGAAAUUUAAAUAUGAAGAAUUUAUCAUCACAAUGAUCAAUACUUAUAAAAAUUCACCAUUAAUUCAAUCUUGCUAUGAUCAAAAAUAUUCAAUACAAAAAUCAUUAAAAUGUAUUGAUGGAAAAACUUUGAUUAUGGAUGAAGAAAUGAUAAAAAAAUAUGAAAUGAUGCAAACGUAUUUAUAUAAUUUAAAUGGAAUAUUGUCAACUGAAAUUAAUUUGUGUUGGGAUACUUUUAAUAGUACAGCAGAAAAUUUAUUUAUUAAUUCAAAAAAUAAAUAUAAUGCAUGUGUUAAAAAAAUAAACACUCAGUUGCUACCUUUGAUAACUCCAAAUCAGUACAUGAAUUAUACAACAUUCAGAGAUUUAUUUAUUUCUCGUGAUACUUUAUUGAACAAUAUAAAGAAAAUAAGUAUUCAAAAAAUACAACAAUUUGCUUUCAUAAAUAGUAAUGCUCAAGCAAUUAAUAUUUUUCAAAAUAUUAAUCCAAAAGAUAAUGCAACUUGUUGUUUAGAGCUAUCAAAACAACGAGUUGAUAAUGCAACGAAAGCUGCAUUAAAUCAGACAAACACUUGCUUUGAUGAUCAAAGAACAAAUCUUGAAAAUAUUUUAAAUGAAACUGUUGAGAGAGAUUAUUUUAAAAAAGAAUUUUCGAUUUGUUACGACAAAAAUUUACCAUUUAAAGUGCUACUUUUAUGUUUCGAUUGGAAUUUAUUAACAGGCAUAAAAAAAGUUGAAACAACACAUAAAAAUAUAUUAGAUAAUAUUAAAAAACAAAAUGAAUUAUUGCCAUCAUUAAUUUAUAAUUGUUUACUCAAUGCAAUGAAUAAUUUCAAUGAACUUAUUAUAAAUUCAAACAAACACUUUGAUAAUUGCAUUGAGAAAAAAAAAUUUAUUGGAAAUUGUGCUGAUAAUAUAAAUGCUGAUUUUAUUGCAAAAAAUAAAUCAUCAUCAAGUGCUAAUAAUACUAUUAUUAACAUUGUCAAAGAAAUGAUUAAUGCAAAUUAAAUAUUUUAUUUUAAAAAGUAUCAUGAUUUUUAUAAAUUUUGUUUUAAUAUUUUUCAUGAUGAAAAAUUUAAUUUAAAUUUCAAUUUAUUUUUAUAAAAAUUAUCGCAUUUAUUGUAUCGAGAAUUAAAUAAAAUUAUUCAGAGUGUUCAACUGAAUUAUAAAAAUA